AUGGCUGCCAGCUUGGGCACCUCCUCGCUGGCUGAGGUACACCUCGAGGGCUUGGAUCAGGUUCUGCAUGAUCUGGCAAAUGGAUACCAAUCCAGCGUAGACUACGAGUCCGGGCCAUUGGGAGUUCCUGCCCUCGACGCUCUUCUCGAAGUUUUCAUGCUCAGGGCGAUGAAAUCCAAUGAACCUGCAAGUCGAUUUCUGCAGUCCCCGGCUCAGCGAGAACAGAACUGUCUAGAUGAUGAAGAAAUGCUUUUUCGGAGGGGUGACCCGGACAGCGAGGCUGUCAUGCCCGUCGAACCAGACUCAAUCCAAAGGGAAGCUGCAUUCCCUUCAAAUGUAUUCUUUCCUGACUCCGUGCGCCGCAGGAAAAGCACCUACCCAGUUGUGGAGAUUUCAAGUAGCCUGUCUGCCGCAGGCAAAUCACAAAUGCUCUAUUUCCUGACGGCACGAAUGGUGCUGCCGCGGUUCUACCAAAAUAUUCUCAUUGGAGGACAGGAAGCCACGGUUGUCUGGAUCGAUGCCGACGAUCGUUUCGAUGCCAAUCGCUUACUUGCCGUGGCCCGUAACAUCGUACAACGCGCGAGGCAGACACUUGAUCCGGAUGCAUUGAAUGAGGAUGCCGGUGGCCCUUCUGACGAGGAUGUCGAAGCUGUACUGACCUCUGCAUUGCACCAUGUCCAUGUCUUUCGUCCACAAUCUUCUUCGUCGGUCCUGGCCACUCUACAAAACCUGGACUCCUAUCUCUACGAUUUGUCUCGACACAGCUCCGCUUCUCGUUCACUGCAAAUGGUUGCAAUUGACAGCGCCACCGCAUUCUAUUGGCAAGAUCGACUACGUGACGAGACAGCCCGCACCGAGGAAAUCGGUCGUUCCCGCGCAGAGGUGGACCGGGAACGCGAGAAGAAGCAAAGCUUCUACCUCUCUGAUGUAUACGCGGAAAUGGUUUCGGAGCUGAAGCGAUUGCAAGGCCGAUUCAGAUGUGCGGUCGUGUACACUACCACAGUCGCCGGUGGCCGUCCAGCCAACUCCAGCAGCAGUUCGGAGCCCGGCGGGCGUUAUUGUCGGGCGCCAGCACUCAAACCCGCGCUUCCAGCACCUUGGGGUACCUUUCCGAUUUUGCGUUUAGUUGUUCACCGAGAUGCAGUCCGUUCGUUCCCACCGGCUUCCAGCACGCAAGAUGUGAAACGGGAUGCGCCAACGAGGCAGAGCAUCAUCAAUCAGGGCAAGUUCUCGGCCUGGGUCAAUUCCUGGGAUCGCGAGGAGUGGCCUCGUCGCGUGGCAGAUGGAGUUGACUGGUAUAAUGGGGGCAGCUUUCCUUUUUACGUGCGCGAGUCUGGCAUCGAGAUACCCCCUCCAGAUAGAUGA